AUGGCAAGUACUACCGCCUUAUCACUGAUGGAACUGACGACGUCGCCCUCCAAUGGUACAUCAACCUGUGGUGGCAUAAGUGAUUUUAACGUGGUGGCAUUUGUGGUGUUGAUCGUCUUCUACAUAAUCAUACUUGCUAUAGGUGUUAUGGCUGGAAAAUUGGUUAAAGUAGAGGGCGCCAGUGACACAGAUUUACAGGUGUUGGCGGGCAGGAAUCUUGGUUGGAUUGUGGGCACAAUGACCAUUGCAGGAGGGGGAUUUCUGAACGGUCUCGCUGAAUUGGUUUCUACCCCAGGAUUGGGACUUGUCUGGAGUGUAGUUCCUGUAUGCGCUAUCUUCAUAGGGUCAGGAUUAGGUGGUUCGUUGUUUGGGGCCCCACUGCGAAAGCAAGAAUGUUUGACAAUGUUGGAUCCAUUCGUACAGAGAUAUGGGAAAAUCGUGGCAACUUUAUUAUUUCUUGUCUCACUGAUAAGUGAUGUGUUUUGGUCUGCAUCUAUAUUAAGAGCUCUAGGUACUAGUUUAAGUAUCAUAGUUGGAUUAGAGAUUUGGAUAGCUGUUGUGAUAUCAGGGGGAUUUGCCAUUUUUUACACUGUUGUCGGCGCCAUGAUAGCAGUCGCAUAUACGGACGUUGUUGAGCUUGGAAUCGUCAUAGUUGGAUUUUGUAUUACAAUCCCUUUCGCACUUCAACAUAAAUCAGUGGACGUCAUUGCUUCAACAGACGCCUACCUUGGGGAAAUUAAUACGAUUAACAUGUGGAUGUGGAUUGAUUAUGCUCUACUUUAUACGUUCGGUCCUAUCCCCUUGCCAGCCACGAUGCAGAGAUUCCUUUCAGCGAAAACGGCCAAGCAUGCUGCCGUGAUCGGAUGGGUGGGAGGAUUCAUUGAUCUCAUCAUAGGAGCGGCAGCUAUCGGCAUGGGGAUAAUUGGGCUCUCAGCUGACUGGAGCAAAACAGAAUUGUGCGAGGAUCCCGUUGCUAUGGGACAACAAGCUAUGAUGCUUCCCUACGUCAUUUAUUAUCUAACACCAUAUGCUGUGUCAGUUGUAGGAUUGGGUGCAUUGGCGGCAGCAGUAAUGUCUUCUGUAGAUUCAGCAGUGUUAAGUUCGAGUUCCAUGUUUACCCAUAAUAUCUUCAAAACAUUCUACGAAUUAUCCAAUAGGAAACGG